AUGGCGGACCACCACGAAGACGGCCCCCCAACGGCGCCUGCAGCCGAAGAAGAGAACCCGAGCACGGCUCUUGCGACAACAAACAGCGAGGUCGCGGCCCCUGCAGAGAAGAAGGUCGUCAAGAAGAUCAUCCGCAGGAAGAGGCGGCCAGCCAGACCCCAGGUCGAUCCGAGUACCUUCUCCAACGAGCCUCCGCCACAGACGGGCACGACGUUCAAUAUUUGGUACAACAAAUGGGCCGGUGGCGAUCACGAGGCAUACCAGCAGACCAAGGCCAAGGGGCGCUGCAACAUUGCGCGAGACAGCGGAUACACAAAGGCCGACAGCGUGGCUGGAAGCUACUUCUGCCUGUUCUUUGCCAGGGGCCUGUGCCCGCGGGGAGCAGACUGCAUGUACCUGCACCGGCUGCCCGGACCCUACGACCACUCGGCGCCGAAUGUCGACAUCUUCGGCAGAGACAAGUUCGCGGACUACAGAGACGAUAUGGGCGGUGUCGGAAGCUUCAUGCGCCAGAACAGAACCAUCUACAUCGGCCGCAUACACGUAACGGACGACAUUGAGGAAAUCGUGGCGCGUCACUUUGCUGAAUGGGGCCCGAUUGAGCGCAUCCGUGUGUUAAACCAGAGAGGCGUUGGCUUCGUCACCUACGUUAACGAAGCAAAUGCUGAAUUCGCCAAGGAAGCCAUGGCACAUCAAUCCCUUGACCACGACGAAGUCUUAAACGUUCGAUGGGCCACGGCCGACCCCAAUCCCAUGGCGCGAGCCCGAGAAGCUCGACGGAUCGAGGAGCAAGCUGCUGAAGCAAUCCGAAGAGCGUUACCGGCGGAAUUCGUCGCCGAAAUCGAGGGCAAAGACCCGGAGGCCAGAAAACGGAGGAAGAUUGAGAGCAGUUAUGGUUUAGAAGGCUACGAGGCCCCCGAUGAGAUCCAUUUCGCCCAGGGCCCCAACGCAGUCAAUCCCGUUGGACGACAAGGAUACGAAGUGGAAUACCAGGAACGUCCCAUGAUCGAAGACGGAACUGUUGGAGAAACGGGAGCUCCAGCAGCGCAACAGCAGAACGAGCAGCAGCCUCAGCAGAGCGCGGGCGUCUUUUCCAGUAGCACUCUGGCGGCAUUGAAUAGGGCAAAGGUCGCAGUAGCAUCGAAACCAGCGGCACCUGCAUCUACAGGCCCCCUGGUCGCAUAUGACAGCGAUAGCGAUGAGUAG